CUCAGUCUGCCUCAGGGACAGUGGCACAUCCCCCCCCCCGACUCCAAUGGCCCCUGAACCCGCCCCUUGAGGUCCCUGCCUCCAUUUGCCUAUCAUCAAAACACUCCAGGGCAAGGUGGUUACUAUGGCAACAGUGGCCAUAAUAGAACCCGACCAUCUUCUGUCCUCUUGGGCAGCAGUUGAGAGCUGCCCUGAAAGGUGUGGAUGGCGGAAAUGUGCACUUAUUUCUAAUACUUAUGUGAAGACAGGGUAACUUGUGAAGCCUUUUGCAUGUGUGUGGACAGACACACCUGCAGGGUGGUUGGUGUUGAGGUCCAGCCUCUCCACUCUGCCCAGAAGAGUUCCUUUGCACCAGGAAGCUCAGCAGUGAGAGGGGCAGCUGGACUACCACUUCUACUUCCCACAACUUGGCUUCUUCCAGUUGGCCUGGGAAGGUGUUUGGCACUGGAAUAAGGACACCGCGGAAGAACAGCUCUGAGCAGUUGGCAGGUGUGUGAGCACCAGAGCCAUGUCGGAUGGGAAGAACAUCGUGGCAUCUGGCAAACCGAUCCCUGGCCAGCAGACUCCCAUCCCUCCUGGCUACGCUCAGCCUCCAUACCCAGUGGCUCCCUAUCCACAGCCGCAGUUCCAGCCCGGGGCCUACUACGGCCAGCCUGGUUUCCCUCAGGGGCCGUACCCACAAGGUUCCUAUCCAUCUUCGGCACCUUAUCCACAGGGACCCUAUCCUCAAACCGUAUACCCUCCAGGGCCCUACGUGCAGGGCCCCUACAUCCAGCACCAUUCUGUUGGCCCUGUGGACCAGGGAGCCCCACGCUAUGGCAACUACCGUGAGGAUAGGCUGCCCCCCACGUACAACGACCAGGAUUUACCCACCACCGACUGGGAUGACAAGAAGCUCCGCCAGGCCUUCAUCCGCAAGGUGUUCCUGGUGCUGUCCCUCCAGCUCUCCGUGACAUCAGCCUUCGUGGCCAUCUUCACCUUUGUGCCGGAGGUGAAGAGAUUUGUGCAUGCCCACGGCUGGCUAGUCACUGCCUCCCUGAUCGUCCUCUUUGUGUCCAUCAUGGUCCUCGCCUGCUGCCGCCAGUUCCAGCUCCAUUGUGACCCUGAGCCUCUCCUACCUGCUGGGUGCUAUCACCAGCAUGUACAACACAGAAGCCGUCCUCAUGGCGGUGGGCAUCACUGCCGUCGUCUGCUUCAGUGUCGUGAUCUUCUCCAUGCAGACCAGGUACGACUUCACCUUGUGCCAUGGGGUGCUGUUUGUCGGCUGCGUGAUCUUGAUCAUCUUCGCCAUCCUUUGCAUCUUCAUCCGAAACCGCAUCCUGCAGCUUGUCUAUGCCUCCCUCGGAGCCCUCCUCUUCACCUGUUUCCUGGCUGUGGACACUCAGAUGAUCCUGGGGAACAAGCAACUGGCCAUCAACCCGGAGGAGUUUGUCUUUGCAGCUCUCAUGCUGUACUUGGACAUCAUCAACAUCUUCCUAUUCAUCUUGACUAUCAUUGGAAUUGCCAAGGAGUAGGCCUCCCCCUCCUACACCCUCAUCCCUCUAGCAUUCAGUCCUUCCUCACAAGCCCCGUCUCUUGUGGGCCUCCAACUCUUUCUUCUCCUUUGCCCCUGCCCAGGUUUUAUUCUUUUCCUUCUCUUUUUGUGUCCCUGCCUGUCCCUGGGGUCUGAGUUCACCUAUACUUCACCUUGUGUUCAGAAGGCAACACAAUAGGCCUCAAGGUAGCAAAUGGGCCAGCCCCACAGGGAGGCCAGGAGGGGGCAACGUUCCCAUUACAGAUGAUUACCUGUUUAAAAACAAACCAUAAAACAAUUUCUAACUGUAAA